UGUCUUGUCUGAGUAGUGAUUCGUGAUUUAUUUACGACAUCGUGGGUUUUUACUUUACUUUGUUUCCUUGUUUGUUUUAAUAUUUAUUUGAACAAUACAAAUUACCACUGAGCUUACACGAAAAUGACCAGCAAGUUAAGUGCUAAGUUUCUUGAAAUAUUCCGCAACCUUAAAUCUGAUGCCGUACCGCGGCCACCUCGGCGUAAUGAAUCAUUCCCUGAAGAUAACUCACAGGCAGAGGCUCAGAAUGAAAAUGUUGAUUUUCCGGACAACCAGGAAGAAAUAUUUGUUGAACAAGAUGAACCAAAGAAAGGCAAGAAGCCGAAGUACAAGAAAUCUUUUUCUGUGCCAAAUAGAGAGAGCCCUGAUAUGCCAGAAGAUGAUCGACGGAGCAGUAACGCAAGCAGCGUUGUUAACACUCAAGCUACUGGGAAUGUGAUCAACAUUGUGAACUCUAAAGAUGUCCGCUGCGGGAAUGAAAUUUUUUACUACAUGGGUCCUGUUUACGGCCACCGUGGCCAGCCAAAUACAUCCACCCCCACGUUUGAUGAUGAGGAACCUGUAGAGAAAACUAACCUCAUCCAACUCUUACUGGAAGCUAAGAAUAAGCCAGAACACGAUUACAUAGAUUAUAUAUCAAAGCAUUUGGGCAAGAACUGGCACAGUUUCUUCCGCCGAUUGGGUUAUAAGCAAGGCCAAAUUGAAACGGCAGAAAUCGACAUGGCCAAAAAUGGAGUAGCUGAGGCUCGCUACAAACUGCUACUGGACUGGAUACGUAAUGACGUUGAUGGCACGCUGGGCAAGUUAGCUAAUGUUCUCUGGGAGGACGGUGAGAGGCAGAUUGUUAAAGAGUUGGCAGCAAUGUACAAUAAAACCAAAGGGUAACGGUAAUGACACUCGAUGGUAGAUAAAGAAAAACAAAAUAUGGAAAUAGGUUCUACAUUGAUACAUAUCUAGCUUUAUCAUUGUUUUAAGUACAAUUAUUGUUGUAAAAAAUAUUUUCUAUCGUUAAAAGAAAAGUUAUCUAUUUUGUAUAUUUUGAUUUGCCUUUGAUAUACAAUAUAUUAUGGCGAUGAUAGAAACAUAGUGAACUAAGUCACAUUUUAACUUUUAAAAAAAUUAGGGAUACAUGUUUGGACAUGUUCUCAAUUCCACUAAUUCUAAAAUAAUAAGUUGGGUAUUUCUCAUGGAAAAUGAUACCAAAAUCAAUAUUUUGAGAAAAAUGUUACUUCGAUCACUUCUACUGUUACUGUUAAAAAUGUACUGUUAGUGUAAUGUCUUGGUUCUACCAGUCACCAUUAUAUACAAAAAAUACAUAUCAGACGAACUGCCGAUUGGAUGAAACCUCAAGCUAACAUGAAAAUUGGAUGAUAUACCUGCUUGGUACUUGGUAUCUGUAUGUCAUCCUAUUUUCUAUGAUACUUAGUGUUCAGUAGUAAUUUUGAAUAAUACUCAAAAGUGGGCAAUAGAAACAAUCAUAAUUUUUUAUAUCCAAUUUCUAGAAUGUUGUUUUGUGGGAAGGAUUCAGUAUAUGUAUAUGAGGUUUUUAAAUUUAAUAUGAAGGUAAAUAAUGGUCUACAAAGCACUGUAUAAAUUGUUUUUAAGUAUAAGGCUCGGGGCAAACGGGAAACUUGCUAUAGCCACCUUGCUGGUCCACUAUAGGUCCACUAUUAAUGGUAGGCUAGCGCAGUGUUUCGUCGCCCUACAUCCACGGCGACUCCGAUGAAAACUUAGUUCUCGCCAGUCGGCUGUGAUGUGUGUGCAGGCUUUUAAUCCGACCGAAUAUUCACGCAUAAAAAGCUAUGUGUCAUAUAUAAAUAAAUGGUACAGGGUAUAGAACAAAACAUG